AGCUGUCACCGCACUGCAAGUCAAAGAACAGAACAAAACGCUUUGAUAUUUGUUUGUUGCACAUUGUGACAUAUUGACUGUUUGAGUAUUUGAUAGGUAGUGUGGCGACGCCUUCUGCACACGAACCAUCUCCCCGCAACGCGUCCCGUCUCGUCACAUCGCGUCUGGCACACGACCUCAGCACCAGCUUUUCCAUCGCAAACCGCCCAAAAUGGACUUUGUACAAGAUUACGCAGCCCUCCUCCCACGGCUCCUUCCCCCAUCCUUCGCGAACCCGCUCCUCCAAAUAAUCACCACAGCCUUUGGCAUCCAGCGCACCCUCGCCGAGCAUCUCACCCCGCUCCUCACAAAAGUCGUCACACAACCCGAUGUCGCCACCGUGCUCGCGCUCCUCGCCAUCUUCUACAUCAGCCUCAUGAUGCUGAACAUGCUCUACCGCGCCGUCAUGUUUUGGGUGCAACUGGCCUUCCGCCUGGUUUUCUGGGGCGCCAUCAUCGGCCUGGGCUUCUGGGUUGCCAAGCGCGGGCCCGAGGGCUUCGUCGAGGAUGUGCAGGGCUUGGUGGAAUACUGCGUCGCCGAGUAUCACAAGUAUAGCACCGAGAUCAAGGAGUUUCAGCAGCAGAAUGAGGGGCAAAUCCGGAAGAAAGCGCGGACACAGCAGACGAAGAAGAUGAGUGGAUGGCUGUAGUUGGGUGGAGAAA